CCAAAGUUUCAAAGCCGGCAUUGUUUGUCCCGAUCGUGGAAGACUCCCUGCAGCUUUUUCCCAUUUUCCGUCACUUCACCGAGGAAAUCAGGAACGAAGCUGAAAAAGGGAUACUCGGAAGGAAACGGCAUGAAGGUGACGAAGACUCCGAUCCACGCGGUGUGGACAUGGGUGAGGAGACAGCCGCCGAAAGUGAAGGCGUUCCUGGCGGUCGUCACGGGCAUGGCGGCGCUGGUUCUGCUUCGAUUCAUCGUACACGAUCACGACAAUCUCUUCGUUGCCGCGGAGGCUGUCCAUUCUAUCGGGAUCUCUGUCCUCAUCUACAAGCUCAUGAAGGAAAAGACCUGUGCUGGACUGUCAUUGAAAUCUCAGGAGCUAACAGCAAUAUUUCUAGCUGUUAGGCUGUACUGCAGCUUUGUUAUGGAAUAUGAUAUACACACCCUUCUUGACUUGGCUACUUUGGGUACAACUCUCUGGGUUAUCUUUAUGAUCCGUUUUAAGUUAAGGUCUAGUUACAUGGAGGACAAAGACAACUUUGCUCUCUAUUAUGUGCUUGCGCCCUGUGCUGUGUUAGCCGUGUUAAUUCAUCCGUCAACCUCACACAAUAUACUGAAUAGGAUUUCCUGGGCGUUCUGUGUAUAUCUGGAAGCUGUCUCAGUGCUGCCCCAGUUGCGAGUGAUGCAGAACACAAAGAUUGUUGAGCCAUUCACAGCACAUUAUGUAUUUGCACUUGGAGUGGCGAGGUUCCUUAGCUGCGCUCACUGGGUUUUACAGGUAGUAGACACACGUGGACGCUUGCUAGUAGCACUUGGAUACGGGUUAUGGCCGUCAAUGGUUCUCAUAUCGGAAAUCGUGCAAACCUUCAUCUUGGCAGAUUUCUGUUACUACUACGUGAAAAGCGUCUUUGGGGGGCAGCUUGUUCUUCGUCUUCCUUCUGGAGUCGUGUAAGUUUAAACACACAGAUAGAUGGUUUGAUGAUAAUGUCUUGAUUUGAGCUCGUGGGGUGGAAAUGCUGCCCAACGAGAGCUUCUGUGCUUCAUCCUUUUCCCCUGAUCCCACCCGUCUCUCUCUGGGGUUGCAAGUGGCUUCUUCCAACAAAUCAAAUUUCUGUUGUAUAUUACCAUCGUUCAGCCGCUUUGGGUCGUUUAUAUUCCUAACGUUUUAUUCGACUAUGAUUCUCUGUAUUAAUAAGAAAAUAUCGAGAAGAAUACAAAGCCUGAAUCUUUUGAUUAUG